CAUGUAAAUUAUGUGAAUGUAUGUAUCUGUGUUAAAACAAAAAAAUAAAUAAAUUGCUAUGCGUAGAAGCAAGUGGAAAUCAAAGAAAUUCCAAAGUACGAUUUUUCAUAAUUUAAUUCACAGCUAAACUAAAGUCUUCUACAUGUAUAUAUAUGUACAUAUACGUGUAUGUUUCUGGCGUUUCGUGCGCCUGUAAGUGCGUGUGUGUGUGCACGUGCGCGUACCGCUACCGUAAACAGCGGUGAUCAGCGAUCAGCAGCAGCAGCAUCUGCGAUUCAAAGAAUAUAUAAUAAGAAGAAUACACAGAACUUUGCAAAAGAGAGUGAAUUUUGAAUUGAACACAAUAACUUAGUUAAAAUUCAGCUCUAAAAUAAUACUGUCAAAACAAAACAACUCAGUAAAUAAAUAAACAAACAACGCUCAACGGAAAACCAACAUUGAAUUAAUUAAAAGCACACAGUCGACCAAAGAAGCAGCAAAAUUCAACGAAAGUUAUUAUGAAAGUGCAUACAACAGCGAGUCAAUUGCAGUUUUUAAUAUUACAAACUAAAGUAAAAGUCAAAACAAAAACGUUGCGGCAACAAAAACAACAAGCAAAACAGCCACAGCAGCGGUUAAUUAAAGUGUUGAAGCAACAGCGGCAACAACAGCAAAAGCACUUGUUAAAACAAACUCGAAAUUUCGUUUGGACAACUGCAGCAUUAGCACCCAACGAUCAACCACAAAAACAACAGCAAUAUCAACGCAACAACGAAGGUGAGCAUUCCUUGCUGCGCACAAAGCAAGUUCCAUUACAAACGCAGCACGGCACAUUGGCUUAUAUAGCGCUGGCCGAUACGCUAUCGUUGUUGCUGUUGCAGCUGUUAGAGUCAACGUGGCUGGUUAACAACGCAGUGCCGGAAAAUAAAUCAAAAUUAAACUCUUUAAGACGGAGGGACUAACAUUCGCAUUGCUGGCGGGCCCCAUGGGCCAGGCUGCAAGUAUGUGCCGAUUUCGUGGAUGUCGCUACAAAAAGAAUAAGACAAAUAAGAAUACAACGGGAACAGCAACAACAACAACGACAACAGCAAAUAGCGCCACAACAGCUGCAACGGCCGCUACAACACCAACAAAUACGGCGAACAGUUCGCCGGUAUCAGGCCUACAGCUGCGUAGCAUUGAGGAGCCGAGUGCGCAGUGCCACCAAACACAAACACAUCAUUACCAUCACACCGGUCGUAUGCCAGCGGCGGAGCAGGGGGGCACAGGGUGCGUCAGCUUUGAAAACGCCAAUGCGUUAAAUCAGCGUACCGGUGUCCCCCUGCAACUGCAAACUACACAAAAUCAAUACCAUCAUCACCAACAGCAACAACAAAACCCGCACACCAUGCAACAUACCACACAAAAGGGCUACGAUGCCGAACAGGCGCGCAUGGAGGCGUGGAUGGAUGAGAAUCAAGAAUUUGUACAGGAUUAUUUCAUAAGAAAAGCCACACGUCAGGUAGUUGAUGCUUGGCUCGUUUCACAUGCCACUACAGCUGGCAAUGAUGUCUCGCUGACUGGCUCACCUACACAUACAAAUGGACAGAGUUGCUCAUCACGAGGUGGAUCGGGAGCCACAACGCCGGUGAGAAAAAUAUCAGCACAUGAAUUUGAACGCGGCGGUCUGCUGAAGCCAAUUGUCAACACCAUUGACGGUACACCGACAUUCUUAAGUGUAGGCACACAAAAUGAUUGCUCAACAAACAGCAGCAAUAUGGGCGGCAUUGGCGGUGGGAGUAAUGGCAAUAACAUUGGCGCUGGCAAUGGCAACUAUAAUGCUGCCAAUGGCACGAGCACUCUCGGUGCUCAUCACUAUCAUCAUCAUCAUCAUGGACAGACGGCGCACAGUUUCGGCACAAUGGGCUAUUAUCGGCCGCAACGUUUGUCACGCAACGAAUUGAAGGCGUUGGAUGAGAAAGAGCUCAUUUUUGAACUGGUAAAGGAUAUCUGCAACGAACUGGAAGUGCGUACAUUGUGCCAUAAAAUCCUGCAGAAUGUAUCAAUUUUGCUGAAUGCAGACCGUGGCUCAUUGUUUCUGGUGCAGGGCCGUUGCAAUACCGCAAAUGAUGGACCAAAGAAAUGUCUCGUAUCUAAAUUGUUCGACGUUUGUCCACGCAGCACCGUGGAAGAAAUGGAACAGCAAGAGGAAGUACGCGUUGCUUGGGGUUCGGGCAUUGCUGGUCAUGUGGCCGAGAGCGGUGAACCAGUUAAUAUACCAGAUGCAUAUCAGGACGAGCGCUUCAAUGGCGAAAUUGACAGCAUAACCGGCUAUCGAACGAAGGCGCUGCUCUGUAUGCCCAUUAAGGAUUCAUCGGGCGAUGUCAUCGGUGUGGCGCAGGUCAUUAAUAAAUUAAAUGGUGAAUGCUUCACUGAGGCCGAUGAGAAGGUGUUUGCCUCUUACCUGCAAUUCUGCGGCAUCGGUUUGCGUAACGCUCAACUUUACGAGAAAUCCCAACUGGAAAUCAAACGCAAUCAGGUCUUGCUCGAUUUGGCGCGUAUGAUCUUCGAGGAGCAGAGCACCAUUGAGCAUAUGGUAUUCCGUAUACUAACACACAUGCAAAGUCUCAUACAGUGUCAGCGUGUGCAGAUCUUGUUGUUGCACGAGGCUUCGAAGGGCAGCUUCUCGCGUGUGUUCGAUUUCGAAGCGAAUGAUCUCAGUGAAGAGGAGAAUACGUCACGUACGAGUCCGCAUGAGUCACGAUUCCCCAUCAAUGUGGGCAUCACCGGCUAUGUGGCCACAACUGGUGAGACUGUGAACAUACCAAAUGCUUACGAAGAUGAUCGCUUCGACGCCAAUGUCGAUAUCGAGGGCAACUUCAAGCACAAGUCCAUAUUAUGUAUGGCAAUCAAAAAUUCACUGGGUCAAAUAAUUGGUGUCAUACAGCUGAUCAACAAAUUUGAUGAUCUGAACUUUACCAAAAACGACGAGAACUUCGUCGAGGCUUUCGCAAUCUUCUGCGGCAUGGGCAUACACAAUACACACAUGUACGAGAAGGCGAUCGUGGCGAUGGCCAAGCAGAGCGUCACAUUGGAGGUGUUGAGCUAUCAUGCCUCGGCAACGAUUGAUGAGGCGCAUCGAUUGAGGCGUUUACGUGUGCCAUCGGCUGCGCAUUUUCGCUUGCACGAUUUUCGCUUUGAUGAUAUACAUUUUGAAGACGAUGAUACAUUGAAGGCCUGCCUGCGCAUGUUCCUCGAUCUGGACUUUGUCGAGCGCUUUCACAUUGACUACGAGGUGCUUUGCCGUUGGUUGCUGAGUGUCAAGAAGAAUUAUCGCAAUGUUACUUAUCACAAUUGGCGACAUGCCUUCAAUGUGGCACAAAUGAUGUUCGCCAUACUAACGAUUUCCCAUAAUGGACAGGCGACGCAAUGGUGGAAGAUUUUCGGUGAGAUCGAGUGCUUAGCAUUGAUUAUCGGUUGCUUGUGUCACGACUUGGAUCAUCGGGGGACUAAUAACUCCUUCCAGAUUAAAGCCUCCUCACCUUUGGCUCAACUAUAUUCGACAUCCACCAUGGAACAUCAUCAUUUCGAUCAGUGUUUGAUGAUUUUGAAUAGUCCUGGAAACCAGAUUCUGGCAAACUUGUCAUCAGAUGAUUACUGUCGCGUUAUACGCGUUUUGGAGGAUGCCAUAUUAUCGACGGAUUUGGCGGUGUAUUUUAGAAAGCGUGGCCCCUUCCUGCAAUCUGUGAAGGAGCAGCCCCUGAGCUAUUGGGAGGCUGACGAACCGCGCGCUUUACUGCGUGCUAUGAGCAUGACUGUCUGUGAUUUGUCGGCUAUUACAAAGCCGUGGGAUAUUGAGAAGCGUGUAGCCGAUUUGGUGAGUUCGGAAUUCUUCGAACAGGGCGAUAUGGAGAAACAGGAAUUGAACAUAAUGCCCAUUGAUAUCAUGAAUCGCGAGAAGGAAGAUGAAUUACCAAUGAUGCAAGUCAACUUUAUUGAAUCCAUUUGCUUGCCAAUUUACGAGGCUUUUGCUGAUCUCUCCGACAAAUUGGAGCCACUGGUCGAGGGUGUACGGGAGAAUCGAGAACAUUGGAUCGAGCUGGCGCAACAAGUGCAAAAUAAAGAGAAUGCAGCCAGUAAUACAAAUGGCUGCGCAGACACGACCAAGCAGAAUGGUUGCAUUUCGGAUGGACGCAGCGAUUUGACUGAUGAGAUCGGCACGACGAACACAACGAAUUGUGACAGCAACGCCGACGAUGGCAUAUCAACAGGCGCCGAGUGCGAAAUCGACGAGCAGAGUGAUAGCAAGAAUCGAAAAGAAAUUAACAAUUGCAACAACGAUAACGAUGAUAAUGAUGAAGACGACGCGCACUUGUGCGCCGAAGAGGAGGAAGCCGCCAUCGAAGCGGAUGACGACGACUCGGAUGUGGAGGCGUCGCGUCAUUCCAAUGGCUGUUUCUCCUCCGGCUCGAGUGGUUUGAGUACACCACCGCCCACAGGCGAGGACGACAGCCUACCCACUUCGCCGGCCAAAACGACACAGGCGAAACUUAUCGCGGCAAAUCUGAAUAGUCUUAAUCAGCGUACGCUCAAAUCGACACGCAACUGUUGUCGCAGUUGUGAAUAUGUGCGCUGCAGCGGCAAUAUGCGCAAGGCCUCCUCGCUCAAGGGCGCCAGAGAGUUGCAGCAACAGCUGAAUACACAAAAUGGCGGCAGUUGCGGUUACUACAGUCGCAGUGCACCCUCAGUGAGCAGUUGUGGUGUGACGAGCUCUGCUGCCAGCUUACAAAAACAACAAAAUCACAGUGACAGCCAGCCCAACCAGCUGCAGCAUCACCAUCACCAUCACCAUCAUCGCCAUCACAGUCAUCAGCAUCAUCAUCAUCACCACCACCACAACAACAAUAAACAUGCGGCACAUAGUGGCAAUGGCGCCACUGGCAAUACGUCAAGCGGCGCCGAAAGUGAUCGGAUACCGAAAAUUGUGGGUAAACUGGGCAACAUUGAUAGCUUGCAAUAUCUGGCUAGUGGUGGCAACGGCGCCAGUGAUGCGCUGCUGCACGCAAAUGCCGGCAAGGGCACACCAAACGGCAUCGCGUUCACACCAAAUGGCCAUGUCACCUAUUUUGCCGCCAGCGAUGUGCCCACACUGGUCGUUUCGCCGACGGCGGCGCCCACAACAACAACAGCAGCGACGACGGCGACAAGCGCUUGUGAUAAAUGAAGUGUUUAAGCGAAGUGCGUGUGAGAGCUUUGUGCGCUCACAUGGCAGUGUUGUAUUUAGUAUAUGUACAUAUGUAUCUGUGUAUGUGCUUGCAAUGGCUUAAAGUGCGUAUGGCUGUAGUGAAGGUGCGGCGUGUGCUGCUAUCUGUGGCUCAAACGCGUGCACUUACGGUACAGCUAAAGCAAAUGCGUAAAUUACAGUUUUGUUUAAAUGUAAUUAUUGAUUGUACAGCACAUAUUUCGCUCUGCGUCUGUGUGUAUUAUGUAACUAUAUUGGGAACUGUUUGAAGUUUGAAGUGGCGGUUAAAGGGAGAGUUUAUGAAAAUUUACAUUUGUUUGGUUUGAUUUUUUGUGACAACAGGCUAAAUAAGAUUAAACACCUCAAAAAACUUGUAACAAGUUUUUAUAUAUUUACAUUAGGGUGUUACAGAAUUUUGCUAAGUUGUUUUUAGUGCGACUUUUUCUCAUUCAGUUGUCUAUAAAUGAUGGUUAUGCUAUAUGUUAUAAAAAAGUUGAUUUCAAAUUUAAUAUAUAUCAUAUUUUAUGGCUCAGAAAAAAUGUUUUGAAGAAAAAAUUUCAGUCAGGUCGGUGUAGAGUCCUAAAAAGAGGUAUAAUUUCGACAAUUUAUUGUUGGUGUAAGAAAGGAGAGAUAGUAUAUUUCUCUUAGGGUCUUUCAAACAUGUAUUUGAGUUUUUUGCAGAAAUAUUUGUUGACUUUUAGAUACAAAAUGGCGACAAUUUUCCGAAUCACCUUUUCCAAGAGAGAAUCUGAGGUCAACGGUAGCUCUAAGGACUCGUGCUAUUUCAAACAUAAUAAAAAGUAGAUCUUAAUCUGAAAAAAAUAUGGGGAAUUAUGUGUUUUCAGUUUUACGUAAUUUUUUUCGAAAAAUGCUGAACUAGGAAAAAAAAUUUAACAUUUUUGAAUGAAAAAAAUAGCAAAUUGUAAUUUUAGAAAAUCUAUGACAUUUUUACUAAAAAUUGUACUAUGAGGUUCCAGUUAAAAUUUCUGGAUGAAACAUGCAGUAGUCUACAUGUCCCACCUCGCCAUAUUAAAAAAAAAAAACAGUUUCAAACAAAAAGCGCUUAGAGGCUGGAAUGUGCUGAAACUGGCUGACCUGAACUCCGAUUGGAGCUGAUUAAAGAAGGCAAUAAUUCGUUUUUUUACUAUUCUACCAAUUAAAUACUGUUUUAAGUAGUCUACAGUACACUUUAUAAGUCAAAAUAAAAAUUUAAAUUUUUCGAAAAUCUCAAGUAGUUAUCGAAAAUUCUAUAGUGUCCUAACCUUACUUAAAACCGAAAUUCGAAAUUCAAAUUGAAAAAUUUUUAAUGUGAGCUAAGCAUAAAUUUGCUUAAUUUUUUUUUGAAAAAAA